AUGAGGUUAGUUGGUGUCUGUCCAUGGACAGAGGAUCCCAAUGGGCCUGGUCUUGAUAUGGGAGGAUGUCACAGCAAAAAAGUUGUAAUCCCAGACUUUGAAACUCCAGCAAAAUGCAGGUCGAUGUUUGGAAGUUAUCAGUCAGAUAUACAGCCACAAAACAGAAUAUCGGAAGACUUACCAGUCAAUGGACAGAUGGCCGCAUUUACUUUGGAACAACUGGAGCACUUGGAGAUUUGCCUGAAGGAAGCAGAAGAAAAGGCUAAAGUUCUGUUGGAACAGCUUGCAGCCUCCGAAGAAGCCAAAUCACAACUGCUUGACAGAGUUGCCAAGCUGGAGGAAAGGCUGGAGGCUGCAAACCAGAGGAGUACCAGCAGAGUGUCCUACAAAAACAUGGUUCUUGAGAAAGACAAGUGCAUCGAGAAGCUGCAAGUUGAAGUAAAAGCCUCCCAAGAGAAACUUACAGCCCAUAAACUAAAGCACAACAAGACAGUGAAAAAGCUACAGACUGAUUUGGCAAUAGCUAAACAAGAAGCUGCCAUCACUGUCCUGGAACUCAAUGAGAAGAUAAAGACACUCUGUGAAGGAAGGCCUUUCUCUAGAGCAUCGAACUCCGUGGAAGUGCCCUAUGGAGGUCUCCCGCCAGUGGAAGAGGGUGACAGAAAGAUUAGCCUCAUUAUGGAGCUAUCCACCCAGCUUUCCCUCCAAACUGAGAAGAUCACUCAGCUCGAAGAAGUUUUAGCAGAAAAGGAACGGAAGAUUGAGGAGCUGGCAGCUACGCGCAGCAGUAGCCAGCUGUUCCAAGAGGAAGCGAACCUUACAGAAAAUUUACAAGAAGCCCCCACUGUUUGUAACAAUAGGAGUGUUCCAGUGGCCUCUAAGGAGGAGUUGUAG